GAGUUUACUACGGUGUAAAGAGGGGGUAGGAAUGCCAAGUUGACAAGGGGUGGGCUGUGGACGCGCGUCAACUUGGAAGCCGAACCUCAUUUCCAGAACUUCCCGUUACUUUCUGGUUCGGGUCGGCCAGUCGGACGAAUCCUGGAGGGCAUGUGGGUGGAGGUGGUGAGGUGGUGUGGGCGUCCGCCGACCUGGGUCAGGCUGGUGGCAGGAGAGGCCAGCGCGCUGCCGGCUGGACGCUGUGGCUCCCGCGGGUCCCCUUCCCCGGCCGCCUGUCCCGGGGUCCCGGGAUCGGCACAACGCGCAGAGCCGCCGAGACACUGGCGUGCGCGGUCACGGCGGGGACACCCGCGCCGGCACGAGCCGGUGAGCGGCGAGAAGGCGCGCCGGCCCCUCCCGACCCGCCCGCUCUCCGCCUGCCGGCCGGAAGAGGAAGCGCGCCGGCGCCCACUUCCGGGGCGGGAGGAGGCGUGGCCGGCGUGCGCCCGCCCCCGGCAGUGUUCCCGCAGUCCAUUCCGCAUCCGUCCAUCAGUUCGUGUGUCCGACCGUCCGACAUCCCUGAGCGCGCGGCCGCGGCAGGAUAGGUCUCUGGCUCUGGGGUACCCAGAGGUGCCCUCAUGCAGACCUGCCACACUGUCAGCCAGGCGGGAUUGGAGCGGCCCCCACCAUGGGCUGGGGAGCAGGAGGGAGCUGCACCCCGCGCCCACCCAUCCGCCAGCAGCCCUUGUCAGAGCCCCGUGUGAUCACCGUGGUCUUCCUCGGCCUCCUGCUGGACCUCCUGGCCUUCACUCUGCUGUUGCCUCUGCUGCCAGGGCUGCUGGAGAGCCAUGGCCGUGCCCACGAUCCCCUCUAUGGCUCCUGGCAACAAGGCGUGGACUGGUUUGCCGCAGCCAUCAGGAUGCCAGCGGAGAAGAGGUACAACAGUGUCCUGUUUGGAGGUCUGAUAGGCUCAGUCUUCUCCUUCUUGCAGUUCCUCUUGGCACCAGUCACGGGGGCUGUCUCAGACUGUCUCGGGAGGCGCCCGGUGAUGCUGCUGUCCCUGGCAGGUCUGGCCACCUCGUAUGCCGUGUGGGCGGCCUCAAAGAGCUUCGCCGCCUUCCUGGCCUCCAGGGUGAUUGGGGGCAUCAGCAAGGGAAACGUCAGCCUCUCCACAGCCAUCGUAGCCGACCUGGGCUCACCUUCUGCCCGCAGCCGAGGCAUGGCAGUCAUUGGAGUGGCCUUCUCGCUGGCCUUCACGCUGGGCCCCAUGCUUGGCGCCUUCCUGCCAGCGGAGAUGGUACCCUGGCUGGCUUUGCUCUUUGCUGCCUCCGACCUGUUGUUUAUUUUCUGCUUCCUGCCGGAGACGCUGCCUGCGGAGAAGCGGGUAAGGCAUCCUCUAUCGGCCCGGGGUUCCAGGCUGCGGCAGACCUGCUCAGCCCCGUGGCCCUGCUCCGUUUCUCGGCCGUGGCCCGUGGCCAGGACCCACCCGCUGGAGACGGGAUCCGUCACCUUCGCCGCCUGGGUCUGGUGUACUUCCUCUACCUCUUCCUGUUCUCGGGUCUCGAGUUCACCCUGAGCUUCCUCGCUCAUCAGCGCUUCCAGUUCAGCAGCCUGCAGCAAGGAAAGAUGUUUUUCUUCAUCGGCCUCACCAUGGCCACCGUGCAGGGCGCCUACGCCCGGAAGAUCAGCCCUGGCAGCGAGAUUGCAGCGGUGAAGCGGGCCAUCUUGCUGCUGGUGCCUGCCUUCCUCCUCAUUGGCUGGGGGCUCACGCUGCCCGCGUUGGGCCUGGGGCUGCUGCUCUACUCCUUCGCCGCUGCCGUCGUGGUGCCCUGCUUGUCCUCCGUGGUCGCUGACUAUGGUAAGGAGCCUUUCUUUGCCCGAGGCCCCCCAGGUGGGAGGAGACCAGCAAGCACCCGACGGCUUCCUCCCCCCCUUCCCCCAAAGGCUUGCCCAGGCAGAAGGGCACGAUCAUGGGCACACUUCGGAGCCUGGGCGCCCUGGCCAGGGCAGUGGGACCCAUGGUGGCUGCCUCAGUGUACUGGCUGGCCGGGGCCAGGGUCUGCUUCACGGUGUGCUCAGGCCUCUUCCUGCUCCCUUUCCUGCUCCUGCGCAACCUGAGGCCUCCAGCCCGCAUGGCACCCAAGGCCGAGUAGUGGAGCUAGCCCCGCCCCAAGCUGGGGAAGGGGGCGGGGGGGGAAACGGGACCUCUCCCCUCCCCCUGGGGCCCAGCCCUGGCCCCUGCUAGACACUCCAGCAGCUCCGUGGUACGCGCGCCUGGACGGUCCUGCCCGUAGUGCUGGGAGCAGGGACUCCCCAACACGUUUCAGGUUUUGUGUUCACUUUUCUCUCAGACACACGGUGUCAGCCAAGCCUCCAAAUGACAAAAUAAAGCAGCUAUUUUAUACCAAG